AUGGCUAGAGAUAUUGAUAAUCAUUUAUUAUUUGAAGUUGCCACUGAAGUAGCUCAUAAAGUUGGAGGUAUUUACUCCGUUUUGAAAUCAAAAGCCCCUGUCACUGUAGCUGAAUAUCGUGAACGUUACACUUUGUUGGGUCCCUUACACUAUGACUCAGCACAAAUUGAAGUUGAAGAAUUGCCAGUUACCGACCCUCAUAUUAAACAAACCCUUGAUUCUAUGUCUUCUAAAGGUAUUAGAUGGCUUUAUGGUAGAUGGUUAAUUGAAGGUGCGCCAAGAGUGUUAUUAUUUGAUAUUUGGUCAGCUGGUCAUUAUUUGAAUGAAUGGAAAGCCGAUUUAUGGAAUGUUGCAGGUAUUCCUACCCCUGACCAUGACCUGGAAACCAAUGAUGCUAUUUUGUUGGGAUAUUUGGUUGCUUGGUUUUUAGGUGAGUUGGUUUACAAUGACCGUGAUCGUGCUGUUAUUUGUCAAUGUCAUGAAUGGUUAGCAGGUAUUGCGUUGCCAUUAUGUAGAAAGAGAAGAAUUGAUGUUACCACCAUUUUCACCACCCAUGCAACAUUAUUGGGAAGAUAUUUGUGUGCUGGUAGUACCGAUUUCUACAACAAUUUAGACAAGUUUGAUGUUGAUGCUGAAGCUGGUAAAAGGGGUAUUUAUCACCGUUACUGUAUUGAAAGGUCUGCUACACAUUCGGCUGAUGUCUUCACCACCGUUUCCGAUAUUACUGCCUAUGAGGCAGAGCAUUUGUUGAAAAGAAAACCAGACGGGGUUUUGCCCAAUGGGUUGAAUGUCGUGAAAUUCCAAGCGGUUCACGAGUUCCAAAAUUUGCAUGCCAUUAAAAAGGCCAAGAUUAACGAAUUUGUCAAAGGACAUUUCUAUGGUAACUACGAUUUUGAUUUAGAUAAUACUUUAUAUUUCUUCAUUGCUGGUAGAUAUGAGUUUAGAAAUAAGGGGUGUGAUUUCUUUAUUGAAUCCUUGGCUAGAUUGAAUCAUAAGUUGAAAGAGGCAGGUUCCAAAACCACAGUUGUGGCUUUCAUUAUUAUGCCAGGAAAAACUCAAUCUUACACCGUUGAGACUUUGAAAGGUCAAGCUGUUGUUAAACAAUUGGAGUCAACCAUUGGAGAAGUACAAAAGAAAGUUGGUGAAAGAUUAUUUGAAUAUUGUGCUAGAUAUCCUAAUGCUGACCAUCAAGGAAACGAUGAAGUGCCAACUAUUGAUGAGUUGAUUAAACCAGCUGACAGAGUUUUGUUGAAAAGACGUAUAUUUGCAUUGAAGAGAGACGGUUUGCCACCAAUCGUCACCCACAACAUGGUUGACGACAGUACUGAUCCAGUCUUGAACCAUAUCAGAAGAGUCCAGUUAUUUAACAAACCAGAGGAUAGAGUAAAGAUUAUUUUCCAUCCAGAAUUCUUGAAUGCUAACAACCCUAUUUUAUCAUUAGAUUACGAUGAAUUUGUUAGAGGGUGCCAUUUGGGUGUGUUCCCGUCCUACUAUGAACCUUGGGGUUACACUCCAGCUGAGUGUACUGUCAUGGGUAUACCUUCUAUCACCACCAAUUUAUCUGGAUUUGGGUGCUACAUGAAUGAUUUGGUUGAAAACCCAACCGAUUAUGGUAUUUACAUUGUUGACAGAAGAAUGAAGUCUGUCGAUGAAUCUAUCAAUCAAUUGACUGAUUACAUGUUUGAUUUCUGUGCGAAAUCCAGAAGACAAAGAAUCAACCAAAGAAAUAGAACUGAGAGAUUGAGUGUUCUUUUGGAUUGGAGAUCAGUUCAUUCGGAAUAUUCCAAGGCUCGUUUGUUGGCACUUAAAAGAGCUUAUCCUGAUUAUGUUGGUGAGAAAGUAGUCGAGUCAAAGAUGAAAAUCACUAGACCAAUGUCAGUUCCCGGUUCUCCAAGAAGUUUGUUACUCACGCCAGGUGAUCUUGGCUCAUUGCAAGACGCUAAUCAAGACAUUAGUUAUUUUGAAUUAGGCGAAGAAGAAUCCUAA